UGGCCAAAAACACUCAGGUCGCUGAAAGACUUCGGAAUGAUUAUCGGUAUUUGGUCUUGUAUUGCGGUUUACUUACCAUUGUCUUGACGUUCUAUCUCGUCGUCGGGCUCCUCCUUACCUUGGAUAUCGGAAAAUCGGUAGAAAGUAAAGCUUGGAGAUCAUUGUUUGCUUGGGUGGUAGUCUCAAGUUCUCUUUUCAUGACUGGCGCUUUACUUAUCCAAAGUUGGAGAGUUCUCGGGGAUCGAGAUGAUGCGCAGGGAGAUAAACCCAAUCCUGUCAUUCAAUCCUCAGGGCCCCUUAGUACAGUGGAUAAAGGCAAAUUUGUCUUUCUAUCCUGGACCCAGCCAGAGCGGGGAGCGUUGAAGGAUCCAAAUGCUCGUGAGAGUGACAUCUCAUGAUACAUCCUGUGAUACAUAAGCCAGAAAUGUAGUAUGCAGAUCAACCCAGUCCUUGAAAUCCGCAAUGGUCAUCAUGCUAUUUGAUCAUCCUUGCAACAACUUGUGCAUUGGUCUUAGCAUCACACAACUACUUUUCUCUUUUCUCUUCAUUAAGUUUAUUAUAUUCGUUUUACCUUCCUAAUGCGGCAUGUGCGAGUCACAGCUAGAUGUUUGUUUGUUACACUAUAUAAAGAGCUGUUGCUUGCAUGUUAUCUUGCUCUUCAGUCAAACUUGUCAUCUCUUCUACUUGACACCUGCCAACAGGUGCCUCUUCUCUUCUUAUCGCUCACAUGUGAUACACCAGCCUUUAGCACUUUAUUCAUCACUAACUUGUGAGACUCAUCAGGUGCCUCUUCUCUUCUCAUCACUCAUACAUGAUUAAUCAGCUGUUGGAACU